AUGAUGUUGCCGGGAACCACGCGCCCUAUUGUUCCUCCGGAUUUUGCCAAUCCUCUUCCAGCCGGAUGUAUGGACAUUAGUCUAUCAUCGUACUUCCUCAUGGUCCACAAAAUUGAGAAUCUUUCAAUUCACAACGUUCGAGAUAUGAAUCGCCACUUGAAGUCAUCCAACGUCCUCUUUUUCUGGAAUUCCUGUAAUGGGCAGGAGGUUAGCCAAGAAGCUGAGUUUAGCCUUGACGCUAAACCACGGAAUCAUUUCUUCCCCAGCCGUUUGGUACCACGAAUUCCAGGGAAGAAACGCCAGCUCAUCUCCGUCCAGAAAUAUUUCGAAACUAAAUAUAAUAUUACACUCUCGUAUCCCAACUCCCCACUAUUCCGCGAGCCAUCGGGCAGUCUUUAUCCUAUUGAGUGUGUUUAUGUUCGUAUUCGCUUGUUCUAA